UGAUCGACAGCGGCCUGAGGAUCAAGUACUAAUGCGGGCAUUGCGUGAUUUUAAUAUUCCGAAGAUUGUAACAGAUGACCUUCCGGUGUUUAUGGGUCUUAUAGGCGACUUAUUUCCAGCAUUAGAUGUACCACGAAAACGGAACUAUGAAUUUGAAGCAGUUAUAAAGCGAUCGGCGAUUGACCUAAAACUGCAACCAGAGGAUGGGUUCAUUUUAAAGAUCGUUCAACUUGAAGAACUGUUUGCAGUACGCCAUUCUGUAUUCAUAAUUGGAUUCGCAGGAACUGGAAAGUCUGAGGUUUGGAAAACGCUUAACAAGACAUAUCAGAAUCAAAAAAGGAAGCCUCAUUACAAUGAUCUUAAUCCAAAGGCAGUGACAAAUGAUGAGUUGUUUGGAAUUGUCAAUCCAGCAACCCGCGAAUGGAAAGAUGGCCUGUUCUCAAUUUUAAUGCGUGAUCAAGCUAAUUUGGGUGGUACAGGUCCAAAGUGGAUUGUCCUGGAUGGUGACAUUGAUCCUAUGUGGAUUGAAAGCCUAAACACUGUGAUGGAUGAUAACAAGGUCCUAACUUUGGCUAGCAAUGAGCGAAUUGCGCUAACCAAAGAGAUGCGUUUACUUUUUGAGAUUGCAUCGCUGCGAACGGCAACCCCAGCUACAGUAUCACGGGCUGGAAUUCUUUACAUAAAUCCACAGGACUUGGGAUGGACACCCUUUAUUCAAUCUUGGUUGGGUACACGAACCAACGCAAGUGAAGUAGCUACUCUUAACGUUUUAUUUGACAAAUACAUACCACCACUUCUUGAUUUGUUCAGAAGCCGACUUAAAAGCAUCACCCCCAUUUCUGAUAUUGCACGAUUACAAAUGACUUGCUUCUUAUUAGACAGUAUGCUGACCCCACAAAAUGUACCGCAUGACUGCCCCAAAGAUUGGUAUGAGAUCUACUUUGUUUUUAGUGUUGUUUGGGGUUUUGGAUCACCGCUUUUUCAAGAUCAAAUUAUCGAUUGGCGCAAUGAGUUCAGUAAAUGGUUUCAGAACGAAUAUAAAGCCGUUAAGUUUCCACCAUCAGGCAAUAUAUUUUCCUACUAUAUUCAUAAUGAAAGCAAAAAGUUUUUACCAUGGACUAAUCUGGUACCGGACUUUGAGCUUGAUCCUGAUCUUCCGCUGCAAUCAAAUUUGGUUAAUUCGGCGGAGACAACCCGGCUUCGCUUUUUCAUGGAUACUCUAAUAGAAGCAGAUCAUCCUCUAAUGCUUAUUGGGCCCUCGGGAUCAGGCAAGACAAUAUUGAUGAAUGCUAAAUUAAGCACUCUACCCACAGACAAAUUUGCUGUAACCAAUGUCCCCUUCAACUUUUAUACUACAUCAGAAAUGUUGCAGCGAAUAUUAGAAAAACCACUUGAAAAAAAAGCAGGUCGCAAUUAUGGCCCGAUAGGAAACAAAAAAAUGAUAUACUUUGUUGAUGAUAUGAAUAUGCCCGAGGUCGAUAAGUAUUUUACAGUUCAACCACAUACUUUAAUCAGGCAGUUCAUGGAUUAUCACCAUUGGUAUGAUCGGAUUAAAAUGACAUUGAAAGAUAUACAUAAAUGCAAUAUUGUGGCAUGCAUGAAUCCUUCAGCAGGUUCCUUUACUAUUAAUCCUAGAUUACAAAGACACUUUUGUUCUUUUGCAGUUAAUCAACCGAGCCAGGACGCAUUAUUUCACAUUCUAAACUCAAUACUGUCUCAGCAUUUGGAAAAUCCACAACAUAAGUUUGAAAAGAACAUCAUUAAGGAGUGUACAGCACUUGUCAAUACAGCAAUUGCAUUACAUUUAAAG